AGCAAGAAGAAGCUUCUGCUUCCUCUGUUUCAGUUUAGCCCUCUGAAUAUUUUAUAUUUUAGUGGAGUGAGAUUCGAUUCCUAACAUCAUCCUGCAUUCUUCUGGAAACGAUCUGUGUUGCUAAACCACCGGGACGGAGAUGGAGGAGAGUCAGAAUGGCGGUGACGCCAAGUCGGCGAUUCCGGAGUGUGAGGAGGAUGUCCCUAUUGGACCGGGGCCAGCCCCUCGCUCUCGCCCCAAACGUCCCCUCCAGUUCGAGCAGGCCUAUCUCGAUGCUUUACCCUCCGCAAACAUGUAUGAGAAAAGUUAUAUGCAUCGUGAUGUAGUUACACAUGUUGCUGUUUCAUCUGCAGAAUUUUUCAUAACUGGGAGUAUUGACGGGCAGUUGAAGUUUUGGAAGAAAAAGCCUAUUGGUAUUGAAUUUGCAAAACACUUCAGAUCCCAUCUUGGUCCAAUUGAAGGUCUAGCCGUUAGUGUUGAUGGUCUUCUUUGUUGUACAAUAUCAAAUGAUCAUCCUGUGAAAAUAUAUGACGUAGUCAACUUUGACAUGAUGGCCAUGAUUCGUUUGCCAUAUAUUCCUGGUGCUGUUGAAUGGGUUUACAAACAAGGAGAUGUCAAAGCUAGACUUGCCAUUAGUGACAGGAACUCAUCUUUUGUGCACAUAUAUGAUGCGCGAGCUGGUUCAAAUGAACCUAUGAUCUCCAAAGAGGUGCAUUUGAGUCCUAUUAAAGUUAUGAAGUUCAAUCCACUAUAUGAUUCUGUAAUUUCAGCGGAUACAAAGGGGUUAAUUGAAUACUGGAAUCCUACUACACUUCAAUUCCCCGAGGAUGAGGUGAAUUUUAAACUAAAAAGCGAUACGAAUCUCUUCGACAUUGCGAAAUGCAAGACUUCUGUUUCAACUAUUGAGGUCAGUCCAGAUGGAAAACAAUUUUCCAUAACAUCACCUGAUCGCAGGAUACGUGUGUUUUGGUUCAGAACGGGUAAAUUAAGGCGAGUUUAUGAUGAAUCACUGGAGGUUGCACAAGAUCUCCAGCGAAGUGACUCUCCCUUGUAUCGGCUGGAAGCCAUUGAUUUUGGCCGAAGAAUGGCUGUUGAGAAGGAGAUAGAGAAGACAGAAAGUGCACCGCAUCCAAAUGCUGUUUUUGAUGAAAGUUCUAAUUUUCUUAUAUAUGCAACCUUGCUUGGCAUAAAAAUCAUAAAUUUGCAUACCAAUAAAGUUGCCCGAAUACUUGGGAAGGUGGAGAACAAUGAUAGGUUCUUAAGAAUAGCUUUAUAUCAAGGGGAUCAAGGCGGUAAAAAAGUAAGAAAGAUUCCUUCAGCAGCUGCAAAUGUCAAUGAGAGCAAAGAGCCUUUGACAGAUCCCACUCUUUUGUGUUGUGCCUUCAAAAAACAUAGGAUAUACUUAUUUAGUCGGAGAGAACCAGAGGAGCCUGAAGAUGCAACCAAGGGGAGAGAUGUGUUCAAUGAAAAGCCUCCUCCUGAUGAACUUUUGGCGGUUUCAGAUAUUGGAAAGGCAGUUACAACAUCGCUUCCGGAAAAUGUGAUUAUGCAUACUUCUAUGGGUGACAUUCACAUGAAGUUAUACCCAGAGGAAUGUCCAAAAACUGUGGAGAACUUCACGACUCACUGUCGGAAUGGCUAUUAUGAUAACCUUAUUUUUCACCGAGUUAUUAAAGGCUUCAUGAUACAAACAGGUGAUCCCUUAGGGGAUGGCACUGGUGGGCAGUCUAUUUGGGGUAGGGAAUUUGAGGAUGAAUUUCACAAAAGUUUAAGACAUGAUAGGCCAUUCACAUUAUCAAUGGCAAAUGCGGGCCCAAAUACAAAUGGUUCUCAGUUCUUUAUCACCACAGUGGCCACUCCUUGGCUGGACAACAAGCACACUGUAUUUGGCAGAGUUGUGAAGGGAAUGGAUGUCGUACAGGCUAUAGAAAAGGUAAAGACAGACAGAGCAGACAAGCCAUAUCAAGAUGUUAAAAUCCUAAACGUUACUGUGCCAAAGUCUUGAAGGUCCUUGGCCUGUUUGAUUAGUCCUUAUUGGACGCACAAGCUUUAACUGGCAACGGAGCUAACAAUCAGGCUGAUGGAAGUUGCAAGGGAUGGUUGAGACGUGGCAGCGCAAUUUGUAUUUCUGAUCAAUCAAAUUUUGUUUGGGCAGUCUAUGUAUUUGUUUUGAUUGAUUAUUACGAGAUUAAUCUUUUUUUCUCUUUUUUUUUUUCCUUUUUUCAACUCCAUAACAUUAAGCAGCCAAAAAAUGAAAAGAAAACUCCAUAACUUCAAGGGAAAUGCUACAAGCUCCAAUACUUGACCAUCUGC